CCCUACCAUCGUCACGGGCUCUGCCUUUCUAUUAUCAUCUCGCCUCCCCAGAGCUCCAAGUUUGCGCCCCGACUCCUCGGAAUCACAAAGUCGACCGCAAACCGAACCCCUCCCCCCACGGAUCAGAGAGCGGAUUCAUUCUCCAGAACUGCAAAACGCGGGGCUCGGUGUAUCUAUCCUUCUGCAUCCCCUUUGUACAUUUCCACUUGGCGAGGUUGCAUGACCUGAACUGCCGGCCGUUGCAGCUCCUCCUCCACCACCUUUCGGUCCCGGCUUCUGUUCCAGCUCGACCAUCCGCUCGUUUGUUCGACUUGAUUCAGCCCUUGCCAUCGAGGUCCAGAGUCUUUUCGCGACGUCAUUCGCAAUACUCCCGUUUUGAACCUCGAGUCCGAUACGUAACUUCGGAUUCGCACUACGUUCAAUCACAUCGCUACCCCUUUGAAGCCCCCCAACAAAUCUACUACCCACCACAAAAUGGGCGUCGAAGAGAAGAGCCGGGCGUCGGGCGACUCCCCCAGAGAUGCUGUCCUUCCCACCGUUAAUCCAGAGGCCCAAAAGGCCCAGCCUCCCAAGAGUGCCAUCCACCCUGCGUUCUAUGUGAGCAUCUGGAUCGCAAUGAGCUCGUCCGUUAUUUUGUUCAACAAAUGGAUUCUAUCCGCCAAAGGAUUCGACUUCCCGGUCGUUUUGACCACUUACCACUUGGCCUUCUCUACCAUCAUGACCCAGAUCCUUGCUCGAUACACCACACUGCUCGAUGGCAGGAAGACAGUUAAGAUGACGGGCAAGGUUUAUCUGCGCGCCAUUGUCCCGAUCGGUUUCUUCUUCAGCUUGAGCUUGAUCUGCGGCAACCUCACCUACCUCUACCUCAGUGUUUCCUUUAUCCAGAUGCUCAAGGCCACGACUCCUGUCGCUGUUCUCCUUUCCGGCUGGGCCCUUGGUGUGUCGCAGAUCAACAUGAGGGUUUUCCUCAACGUUUCUGUCAUCGUUGUCGGUGUCGUUAUCGCUUCGUACGGCGAGCUCGAGUUCGUCUGGUUGGGCGUCAUCCUCCAGAUCGCCGGUGUCGCCUUCGAGGCUCUUCGUCUUACCAUGGUUCAGCGUCUCCUGAGCUCCGCCGAGUUCAAGAUGGAUCCUUUGGUUUCGCUCUACUACUUCGCUCCCAUCUGCGCCCUCAUGAACGGCGUCGUUGCUCUUUUCUGGGAAGUACCCAGACUUACCAUGGCUGACGUUGACCGUGUUGGCCUCUUCUACUUCUUUUUGAACGGCCUCUGCGCUUUCGGCCUCAACGUCUCCGUUGUGUUCUUGAUUGGCAAGACUUCGUCGCUCGUUCUUACCCUCUGUGGUGUCCUCAAGGACGUCUUGCUCGUCGUUGCUUCUAUGGUCAUCUACGGCAGCCAAGUUACUCUGACCCAGUUCUUCGGUUACAGCAUUGCUCUCGGCGGUAUGGUUUACUACAAGCUUGGCGCUGAGACCAUCAAGAGCUACGCCGGCGAGGCUGGCCGCCAAUGGGCUGACUUUGGCAACCGCCGCCCCGUGCUCCGUCGCAUUUCCAUCAUCCUCCUCUCCGUCUUCGUUGUCUUCUCUCUGCUCGGCGGUUUCGCUCCCAACUAUGCUGCUGGAAUUGACCCUACUGAGUACCUCAACGAGGCCAAGUCUAAGAUCGGGAUGUCCGCCUAAGCUCGGAGCAAGGAGUUAAUGUGCGGGAACGGCGCAUGAGUUGGACGCGAGAGAACCGAACUCUGCAAAAGGGGAUGUUGUCAUUUGGUGUCUACUACUAAAAAAUAUCGACCUUGUAAUCCUCUUCAGCAAGUUUCCCACACUUUCAAGUAUUCAGCACGACAUACCCUCAGGGAUAUAGAUGGGUUUCUCGCCGCUUUGCCAGUAGGGAAGCAUGAAAGGGGCAGGUAAUAUUCGUCUUCUUUGAAUCUCACAGUUACAAAAGACCUCUCCCUGUUGCGUUUUUUUUUAUUUCAUCUCUUCGCCGAUCAAGUCGAACCAGGUUAUACGUCAUCUUCUCUAGCCAGGUCAUAAGAGUUGGUUACUUCGCUUUUCAUUUUGCUUUUAGCUAUGUUUUCACACCAACUUUCGGGAGAGGAGUAAGGGUCGCAAUGAGAGUCAUGUCAAAGGCAGAGAGAGAAAGUGGGCAAAUGGGCGACAGGUGAUAGAUAUACCGGAAAAUUCUGGGAUUACGGGAACGGGAUGAGCGAGGGUAGCGGCGCCGGUUGCAGGCAGGUAUAUGGUUGAUAUGAUAGGACAGGAUAGAAAUGGUUGGCAGGAAUACAUGGUUGAUGAACCAGAAUCAAUGAGGACUUGUGGGUGUGAAGCGUACUCAAGUGAAUGCUCAUGGAGCUCGGGAUAU